AUUGACUCUGGUAAACAAAUAACAUUCUUUAAAGCAGGGGCUAAAAGAUGCUGGCGGCGUGCUGCAAAUGUUUCAAAGGGCGCUCGGGCGUCCGUCUGGUCAGCACAACCUUGGGCAACGUCGACUAUGACCCGGAAACGCAUGUCAUCAGGUCCAACUUGAGCGUCCAAGUGCCCGAGCUGACAGUCAGCGAGUACGUGUGGCAGCACGCUCACAAAUGGGAACACCUACCAGCGUUGACGUGCGCAAUCCGAGAGAAGGUGUACACCUACGGCGAGGCAAAGGGCGCCAGCACGGCGUUCGGCGUCAACCUAGCCAAUGAGCUAGGCCUGAAGGACGGCGACGCCGUGGCCCUGUUGCUGCCUAACAUGCCCGAGUUCGCACUCGCCUUCCUGGGCUCGACCUCGGCCGGUCUAGCGGUCAGCACCGCCAACCCCAUUUACACUGCAGCUGAAUUGGGUCACCAGUUCGGCGACGCCAGGGUGCACGCCGUGGUGACCACCCCUGAACUGGCGGCCACUUCCAGAGCGGCGCUUCCCGACGGCGCCGUGGUCGUCACUGGCGAUGCACCUCCGCCUCAGGGGUGCCUCAGCUUCGAGCGGCUGGCCAGCAAGAGCACCAGGGGUGCCAGGGUGCCACCGAGGCCGAGCCUCGACUCGGUGGCGGCGCUGCCCUACUCAAGCGGAACCACUGGAAAGCCCAAAGGCGUCAUGCUGAGCCACAGGAACUUGGUCACCCAGCUGUGCCAAAUGCACCACCCUGAGGUCGUCACAAACGCCAACAGGGAAGGGCAUCCCCAGGCAAGAAAUCUCGCGAUCCUCCCCAUGUUCCACAUCUACGGCCUCAACGGCGUCAUGAACCUGGCGCUGUCCCGCGGACACAACGUGGUCACUCUGCCUCGAUUUGAACCUCAAACCUUUGUGCGCACCAUGAAGAAGUACAAGCCCAAUACAGUGUGCGUUGCGCCGCCGCUGCUGUCAUUCUUGCUGCAAUCCCCAGAUCUGACCCGCGAGGACCUGAGCGAGCUGUGCAUCGCAGUUAACGGCGCCGCACCGGCCGCCACCUCAGUCGCCAAAGGGCUGACUGAAAAGAUCAACAACCCUUCCAACUUCAUUCUCAAAGAAGGAUUUGGGAUGACCGAGGUGUCAUGUUGCGCAGCUAUGACACCAACGACCCUGAAGAACGGCGUCAAGUACGGCUCGUGUGGCAUGAACGUGCCAUUGUCCGAGAUAAAAGUCGUGGACGACGCCGGCAACGCACUUCCGCUCGGACAGACAGGGGAACUGCUUUUCCGGGCGCCUAGCGUGAUGCUCGGCUAUUUAAACAACGAAAAAGCAACCAAGGAGACCCUGCUGGAUGGGGGUUGGCUGCGGACUGGCGAUAUGGCCUACAUCGACUCUGAUGGCUACAUUUUCAUUGUGGACAGGCUCAAGGAGCUGAUCAAAGUCAAGGGAUUUCAGGUUUCUCCAACGGAGCUGGAAGAGACACUUCGCCAAAUUCCAGAAGUGCUUGACGUUGCAGUUGUCGGCAUUCCUGAUGAAAAAUCCGGGGAGUUGCCAAAAGCGUUUGUCGUACGCAAAAGUGAGAAGCUAUCUAAAGAGUCAGUGGUGCAGUUUCUUGAGGGAAAGGUUGCGCCCUACAAGCAUCUCAAAGGAGGAGUUCAGUUCGUCAACGCCAUUCCUAGAAGUUCUGCCGGAAAAAUCCUACGGAAAGAUCUCAAGUCCUUGUGAAACGUUCUGCAACUUGUUUUUAAUUGACAGCAAUAAUAAUCAAGUGUGGCUGUGGCUGCUAAAAACUCCAGAAAUAAUUGUAUGUACUAUUUUAUUUCAAGUGUUGAUUUGUUGAUUGUUUUGAAGAUAAAGAAGUCAAAAUUAAAGGAAGUUAAAUUGUGGAUGAUCAAGACAGGGUGGGUUUUACCAUAAUGUCUUUUGUAAUAAAAAUUUCUAAUCGACCAAAAGGUAAUCAAAUGGUGCUA